UAGGUUGUGCAGUGUUUCUAACAAGUUUAAAGGACGCAGCAGCUCUGUUGACACUAAACUCUGGACACCAUCAAGUCAACAGCAGUGGAAGGUCUGUGCGGCAGGUAUCAAAAUGGAUUUGUAUGAAUAUGAUCAGGACUAUAAUUACACUGAAAGCAGUAACAUUCCACACGAGGAGGCAGUUUUCAAGCACCAAUCAACAUGUUUAAAGGAAGUUUUGUGUGUGUCUUUACUCGUGGUCAACGUGGUCAUAUUUCUGCUGGGCUUCUGUGGAAACAUACUGGUCAUCUGGAUUUCUAGCUUUAAGAUGAAGAAGACGGUCAACACCACCUGGUACCUGAGCCUUGCUAUCUCUGACUUCAUCUUCUGCGCCUUCCUCCCGUUCAGCAUCACCAGCAUGGUGAUGGAUGAGUGGAUCUUUGGCCAAUUCCUGUGCAAAUUUGCCCCCUCCGUUAUGUUCCUCAACAUGUUCAGCAGCAUCUUCCUCCUGGUCGUCAUCAGCAUCGACCGCUGUGUGUCGGUCAUGUUUCCAGUUUGGGCUCAGAACCAUCGCACUGUUAAAAAGGCAUCCAUUGUUGUUGUUAUGUCCUGGCUUCUCGCCAUCGCACUGAGCUUUCCCUCCGUCAUCUUUCGAGAUGUUAGCGAUUACAUGGGUAGGACCAUUUGCCACAACAUAUACAAUUCAAACCAACACAAUCACAUGAUAGUUGCAGUGAGCCGAUUCCUUGCAGGGUUCAUUGCCCCUUUCAUUGUCAUUGUCAUCUGCUACUCUAUCAUCAUCAUCAGACUUCGAACCAACAGGAUGACCAAAUCUUCCAAACCCUUCAAAGUCAUGUCUGCCCUGGUCGCUGCUUUCUUCAUCUGCUGGCUGCCCUACCACGUGUUCGUCCUACUUGAGCUCAACCAUCAAAACUUCAACCACAGGCUUUUAACUGCUGGACUCCAAAUAGGCACUUCUUUGGCUUCAGCAAACAGCUUCCUUAACCCAGUUUUGUAUGUUUUCAUGGGCAAUGACUUCAAGCGGAAGUUCAAGAGCUCCGUGCUCUCAAAGAUGGAGAACGCAAUGAUAGAGGAAGGCCGAACCACCAGCCGAUACCUUUCUAGGUCCAGCUCCAUGGACGGCAGAGCUUCUACACACAUCUAGAGACAACAAUCCAAAACUGUAUAUAUACUGUUUUCAAAUAUGUGAUUAAGAAACACAACAUAUCAAGAAAAUGUAUGUAUUCACAAUGCAUGAGCAUAUCUGUUGCACUUUUCUACCGUUGGCAGCAGGUACAAAGCUGUUGCCAAUUCAGGCUUACAAACAUGAUGUAGAUGAAGAAUCUGCAAGCUUAAGCCAAUAUCUAAACUUCUACUUUACCCGUUGUGCACUGCCUGGUGACAUCAAUCUCAUCCAGCAGAAGGAAUAUUUUCAGAGCAGAAUUUGUGGAAAGUUUUGCAGACAGUUUUUAAUGAUAUAUAGAUAGAUACAUAGAGGAAUUUAAGUUGUAAAAUACAAUGGCUGUAAAAUAUGAUGUACAUUGUCUCGUAAUAAAAAUAACAAAUAUAUUAUCAUUAUUUUAAGCAAUGUCUGAAAUUACAUUUAGCAAAAGGACGCCUCAAAGAUUUUCUUUCACAAACAAUGUGUAAUACGUGUAUAAAUUCUGUCAGUAUGGAUUUAGGAUUUCAGAUACAUUUGCAGGGCUCUUGCAUGGAUUGCAAUUACUGUAUGUCCUUUAUUUUAAAUAUUUUCUUAUCUGUUUGUUGAAUUGAUUGUUGUAAAGUUUUCAUUUGAGAGCUGAAGUAAAAUGCAAAGCAUCAGGCCACACAAUUGGAAA